GUCAAUGCCACAGAGCGAACGCAAAAAUUAAUCAAAGAUAUCGAAGCGAAGUGGUCGAAAUAUUUUGUAGAUCAUAUUGAACCUUUGCUGCACGAUGGAAAUCCCGUAGAUAUAACUAUAAAUCAUAUUAAACAUCUGCAUAAACCAGUGAAUCAAAUCGAAACUACCUACAUAAUGUGUGGAGUUGACAAAAUUUUUGCUGCGAGCUGCUCGCCGGGAAUGGGCAGCUAUAUACAGGAUAUCAAAGUGCCGGGCAUCAAUACAUUUCCGGUGUUGUGUGACUCGAUUUUGGCUGACAGCGGCUGGACUGUCAUAUUGCGGCGUCUGGAUGGCAGUGUUAAUUUCAAUAGAAGCUGGAUCGAAUAUCGCCGCGGAUUCGGUGAUCUGCACUCUGAGUUUUUCAUUGGACUCGAGAAAUUGCAUCGCAUGACCAACUGGCACACGCACGAACUAAUUAUAUACCUGAAGGAUGAGGACAAUGAGGUGCGACACGCACAAUACAGCGAGUUUCGAAUCGAUAAUGCGGCUGCAUCGUAUGCAUUAAGUGUGCUCGGUGCAUAUUCGGGCAAUGCCGGCGAUUCAUUAAGCACACACAUUAAUGCCACAUUCUCGACGCCUGAUACGAAUGAAGAGUGCGCCAUGGCCUACAAAUCGGGCUGGUGGUUCCACAAGUGCAUGGACAGCAAUCUGAAUGGCGUAUAUGAAUCGAACGAAGUUGACGCCGAUAUAACGGGCAUAGUGUGGAGCAGCUGGCAAAUGAAACCAAUUAAAUUUGCACAGAUGAUGAUACGACCUAUAUACAAUUAAAUUCACAUUUAAC